AUGGAGUUUGGUGAUGGAGUAACAUCGUUUGUUGAUGAUGAAGGUUUGUCAGGUAGGAGUGGUGGGUCAAAUGUCUGUGUUAUGAAUCUUUCCCCUAGAGGGACAAAAUAUUGGACUCCGAGUUGUGACAAAGCUAGCCAGCCCUAUGUUGGUCAGCGGUUUAGCAAGUUGGAUGAUGGUGUGGACUUCUAUGUCCAGUAUGCUUGUAUGGUUGGGUUUGAUGUUCGUCGUAGCACUGAAACAAAGGAUAGGAUGGGUAAUGUGUUGAGGAAGUAUUUGGUGUGCUCUCGCGAAGGUUUCAAGCAGCCUGCUAAGGAUGCUUGUCUAGUAGGUGAGGGGGUCGGUGAUGGUUCCAUAUCACCGAAGAGACAGCGGGUUACGAAUAGGGUUGGUUGUAAUGCCAAGAUCAUUUUGAAGCGUAUGGGUGAUGGGCGGUAUUCUGUAUUUUCUUUCGAGAUAAGGCACACACAUUCUUUGUGCUCAGAGUUGGCUAAGCCUUUCAUGAGGGUUAAUCGUAAGUUGUCUGUGGGCCAUCAAAGCUUUGUUGCUAAUUGUGCAAGAGCGAAUAUAGGUCCGAUUAAGUCAUUCAAGCUUUAUAAGCAGAUGGUCGGGGAUUUUGUUAAUGUUGGGGCCACUGGUGUAGACUUCCAGAAUUUUAAGCGGGAUUUAAUGGUGUAUAUUAGUGGGGGGGAUGCACAGUUGAUUGUUGAAAAGUUCCUUCAUAAGAAGGAGUUGUGGUCUACAUUUUGCUUUGACUAUGAUGUGGAUGAGUAUGAUCAGCUCUCGCGUGUGUUUUGGGCAGACCCGGCUGCGCGGCGAAAUUUUGCGAGCUUUGGUGAUGUUGUGUCCUUUGAUGCUACGUAUAAGACUAACAGGUAUAAUCUCGUCUUCGUUCCAUUUACUGGCAUGGAUAAUCACAAGAAAUCAGUCACGUUUGCAUCGGGGUUGAUUGCAAAGGAGGAUGUUGACUCAUAUGUGUGGUUGCUUGGUAAUUUCAAGUGA